ACCUCGGGGAGCGGAUAUCCCCCGCAGUGAGACCUCGCGGUGAUGAGCCGUCUUGGAACUGCGGACCUGGGUGGAGACUGUGGCCCAGGACGCAGGCGCCACCCUCGCGUCCAGCCGGACGGAGGCUGGAGUCCUUAAGGCAAGAGUCCUGGUCACUUUGGCCGGACAUCCUGAGCGGCCGUACCGAAGCUGACCCCUCCGUCCCCAAAGGAAUGCCUUUGAGGUUCAACUUUCUCGUUAGAUGGAGAUGAUCUUACAAUAGGAAGCCAGUUCAUCAUGGCGGCGGCAGCUGUGGACCCUGUUAGUGCCGCACCCAUGACGGGAUCAAAGGAGAUGAGUUUGGAGGAGCCGAAGAAGAUGACCAGGGAGGACUGGAGGAAAAAGAAGGAGCUGGAGGAGCAGAGGAAGCUGGGCAAUGCUCCUGCAGAGGUGGACGAGGAGGGGAAAGAUAUCAACCCUCACAUCCCUCAGUAUAUUUCUUCGGUUCCGUGGUACAUUGAUCCAUCAAAGAGACCCACUUUAAAGCAUCAGAGACCACAGCCAGAGAAACAGAAGCAAUUCAGUUCAUCCGGGGAAUGGUACAAGAGAGGCGUAAAGGAGAAUUCUAUAACUACCAAGUACCGCAAGGGCGCGUGUGAGAACUGUGGAGCCAUGACACACAAGAGGAAAGAUUGCUUUGAGAGACCAAGGCGGGUUGGAGCGAAAUUCACAGGGACUAACAUCGCUCCAGAUGAGCACAUCCAGCCUCAGCUGAUGUUUGACUAUGAUGGGAAGAGAGACCGCUGGAAUGGCUACAACCCAGAGGAGCACAUGAAAAUUGUUGAGGAGUACGCCAAGGUUGACCUGGCAAAAAGAACAUUGAAAGCACAGAAACUGCAGGAAGAGUUAGCCUCUGGAAAAUUAGUGGAGCAAGCUAAUUCUCCAAAACACCAGUGGGGAGAAGAGGAACCCAAUUCUCAGAUGGAAAAGGAUCAUAACAGUGAAGAUGAGGAUGAAGACAAAUACGCAGAUGAUAUUGACAUGCCUGGGCAGAAUUUCGACUCUAAGAGACGCAUUACUGUUCGCAAUCUCAGGAUUCGUGAAGAUAUCGCAAAAUAUUUGAGAAAUUUAGAUCCAAAUUCUGCCUAUUAUGAUCCAAAAACUAGAGCAAUGAGAGAGAAUCCUUACGCCAAUGCAGGAAAGAAUCCAGAUGAAGUGAGCUACGCUGGAGAUAACUUUGUUCGAUACACAGGUGAUACCAUCUCAAUGGCUCAAACACAGUUGUUUGCUUGGGAAGCCUACGACAAGGGGUCUGAAGUGCAUCUCCAGGCAGAUCCUACAAAACUAGAGCUGCUGUAUAAGUCCUUCAAAGUCAAAAAGGAAGACUUCAAAGAACAGCAGAAGGAAAGCAUCCUGGAAAAGUAUGGUGGCCAAGAACACCUGGACGCUCCUCCGGCCGAGCUGCUCUUGGCCCAGACAGAAGACUAUGUGGAGUACUCCAGGCACGGGACAGUCAUUAAAGGCCAGGAGCGCGCUGUUGCCUGCUCCAAGUACGAGGAAGACGUGAAGAUCAAUAACCACACGCAUAUCUGGGGAUCUUACUGGAAAGAAGGCCGCUGGGGAUACAAAUGUUGUCACUCCUUUUUUAAGUAUUCCUACUGUACCGGAGAAGCUGGGAAGGAGAGUGUUAAUUCAGAGGAAUGUAUUAUAAAUGAUGCGACUGGAGAAGAGUCUGUGAAGAAACCUCAGACCCUCAUGGAGCUGCAUCAGGAAAAACUAAAAGAGGAGAAGAAGAAGAAAAAGAAGAAGAAGAAACACCGAAAGAGCAGUUCUGACAGCGACGAUGAGGAAAGGAAGCAGGAGAAGCUGAAAAAGGCACUGAAUGCAGAGGAGGCCCGCCUUCUUCACGUGAAGGAGAUCAUGCAGAUUGACGAGCGGAAGCGGCCCUACAACAGCGUUUAUGAGAACCGAGAGCCCACAGAAGAGGAGAUGGAGGCCUACAGGAUGAAAAGGCAGAGGCCGGAUGACCCCAUGGCCUCUUUCCUGGGGCAGUAACCAGUCAGACCACACACGCACAGCACCUAUAGAUAGAAAAUCUUUAUCUGUCCUUCUUGCUGCCUGACAUUAAUAAAUUUUUCUGAAGUCUUAAAGUCAAUUUCCUCAACAGUCAAGAGACAAAACAAGGAAGCAGGAGCAUACAGUUGUGCUUAGGGUUAAAAUCACCCAUCCUAGUUAAUGAUAUGGAAGAAACGUUGGCUUCCUCCUCUCGUGUCUUGCGGAAUUGGCCGUGAUGGCUCAUCUUGUAGUGCCAGCACCUGAGAGUGGUAGAGGCAGGGGGAUCAAGAGUUCAAGGUCAGCUGAGUGUGGCGGUGCACACCUGUAAUCCUAGCACUCGGGAGACUGAGGCAAGAGCCUCUUAGCUCCAUAGCAAGUGUGAGACCAGCCUGCACUGCACGAUGCUUUGUCUCAAAAUGAAAGUUUAAGGCUGUCCUAGGCUACAUAGCAAAGUGGUAUCAAGAAUGAGAUGAAGGAAGGAAGGAGGGAAGGAAGAGAAAAAGUCAUUUUUUUUCAUAGCGAGGUCUCCAGCUGUGCGCAGUCAGUCCUCUGGUCUCUUUAUAUGUAGCCCCACCCGUGUAGGUCCUCUCAGAGCCAGAGCCCAGUUCUUAAAUUACUAGCAAUUCCAGUAGUGACAUCAUUAGUAAUUUAACUCCAUAAUUGCAGUUACAGCACUUGGUUUUGCCAUCCAAGAUUUUCUUGGUUUUAAACAAAAAUAUUCUACCUUUCAUCUGCAUCACAGGUGGGAAAUCUGCAGGGCAUGUAAAUAUUUGUGUCCCCCAUAAUCCUAAUAAUAAAUCUAUUUUUCAUUCGGUUGUUAAA